AUGUCCGGUGAACGAUCGUCCAGUUCUCCCAUGCUCAUACUGGACAUUAGCGGGGCUGGCUCCGGCGGUACUACAUCCACCUCACCGACGUACACGAUGAAGAAGCCGGCGAACACUGUCGCUUCGGUGAAACUGGAAAACGAACGGUAUGCCGAUGGUGACAAACAAGAUCACCUGAACACGACCUAUCAACACCAGCACCACCAUGUACGCACCAUACCCGACCUACAGCCCAUCCAUCAUAAUGGUGCACAGCACCGAGAGUCGGACCAUCUUGGCGCACAUCAGAACCCCGACUUUAACGUGCUGAUGGCACAACCAUCCGUCGGGCAUGAUGUGUCUGCCGGUUCGCCGGCUAGCGUUCCUACGUCCCAACCGGUCUACGUGUAUCCAGGUAGCGCACCCGAAAUGACUCCCACCGGACGCGUUUCCUUUCCCGCACUCCAAUGCUACGGUGUCCAGAGUGUCCUGGAGCAAACGCAGCCACAAACAUUGGAGACACUACCGUCGAUCCUUGCGACGUACACCUCAACGUGCGAGAGUGCGAAGAAGCGCCGUAUGCUUGAUGCGGACUAUGAUUACGAGUUCGAUCAAAGUUCGCUCAGUCCGGAGGGAUAUCAGCCCGAGAAGCGGAUACGGUACGAUGGGAACUACGGUGGAUGGGCCUACGCUCCGACAACUCCUAUGUCGCAAGAGUACAGCCAUGUUAAUGGUCAUGUAACCGCCGCGUACGGUGGACCACUUCCAACAGUGAUGCCCAGCCUGGAUGAUGAGUCGUCCUCUAACGGGUCCUGCCAUAUUAACUCGUGUCACUGUGAACCGUCACCAGCGAAGACGAUGAUGUGCGUAGCGGACAAUGGCACUUACGACUCUUCGGGCGUUGUAUAUUACUACCAUGCAGCUGGUGCAACAAACCAGCAGGAGCAAAUGCAAUCAAACCAAACCCAUCCACUUCCUGCUGUCGAUACAACACCCACCCAUAGCCCCAUUGGGGCGGAUAGCUCCCUGUCGGUAUGUUCCAGCUCUCCCGUCAAGCUGGAUGAAUCGAGCUGCUCCGUCGGAAAGUAUGGGCAGGAUCGUGUCCAACCCACAACGGUGGCCAUGUUGGAACCGACCGGUGGGCAAGAAUUAUCACCCACCAGCACCAGUGGCGUUGGAACUGGUGGCAUUGAUACUGCUCAGAAUAAGAACGGUUCGGCGUUCGGCGGUGGACGCAAACCACGUACCGGACGGAUUCGCAAACGGGCUGUCAAGGAUGCGGUAAGCUAUCAGGAGGUGCAAAACCAGCGGGUGAUUGCAAAUGUACGCGAACGGCAACGAACGCAGAGCCUGAAUGAAGCGUUUGCCUCGCUGCGCAAAAUCAUUCCGACAUUGCCGAGUGACAAGCUGAGCAAGAUACAGACACUUCGGUUGGCUUCAAGGUACAUUGACUUCCUGUACCGGGUGCUAUCCAACAACGAGAUGCCGGCGAUGCGCGAAGAGCACAAAAAUAUGGCCGUAUCCGGUGGUAAUCUGCAGUUCAGCGGCAGCGGCAUAUUGGCCCACGAGAAGCUAAGCUAUCUGUUCAGCGUUUGGCGCAUGGAGGGCGACUGGAGCAAUGGAUCGUCCGGGGGCGAAGGUGCUGAGGCGGGCGGUGACAGUGCGAUCGGUGGUAAGGAAUGA